CAAGCCUGUAACCGGUUCAAGUGGCGAAUAAGACUUUUGAAGAAGACUCUUUAAGCAGUAUUUCCGUUAAACCUGGUGAUGAUAAUGCUUCAUGGCCUACAUCAGAUGAUGAAGACUUAAGUUUGAAUAUGAAGAAUACCUCAAAACCAAACUUAAGAAAACUAAUGAAUGCUUCUCAGCUUUUCAAGAACUUGGAAAUAGAACUUGGCCUUGUAUCACCGGGAGAUAAAACUUUAUUUGAGGAUGAUCAUUCUGAAAACAAAUGUGAAGAUACAGUUGGUGUUCCUUCCAAACCAUCUGUUGACAUCUGUGACUCUUCUCCUCCUGCUUUGCCAUCACCUGAUUCUAUUCUAAAACCUCCUUUCACAUUGUUAGGCCUUGGUCCUUCAAAGGAAGGAGAGGAGCGGCCAGAGGUUGGAACAAAGGACCAUGGUAUCACUGAAAGUGUUCCACAAGCACAAACAGCUAAUGACUGUUUGACUUCUGCUGACAGGGCAGAAGAUGAUAGACAUGUUAUGCUGUCAGCAUUAAGGUUCUCAGAACAAAAUGAAGAAUCACCUUGGGAUUCUGAGAGUAAUUUGGAGAGUCUCCCAGACACCUACCUUGAUCCUUUAUCUGGGAAUGCAGAUCAGAAAGGGGCAAGUACAUUAAAUGAGAAAGUAGAAGCUUCUCCAGGAAAAUAUUCCUACGUGAAGCCUGCUGUGGAGGGGAAAUAUUGUAUUCCUAAUCGGCCCAGAGAAAUGGAGGAAAUUAAAGAAUCCCAAUCAGAGUCUCCGGGAGAAUAUUCUUUGUUGAAGCCUCCUGUCGAGGAGAAACAUUCUGGUCCUAAGAAAGGAGGAGAAAUGGAGGAAACACAAACAUCCAAAUCAGCUUCUCCAGGAAAAUAUUCCUACGUGAAGCCUGCUGUGGAGGGGAAAUAUUGUAUUCCUAAUCGGCCCAGAGAAAUGGAGGAAAUUAAAGAAUCCCAAUCAGCUUCUCCAGGAAAAUAUUCCUACGUGAAGCCUGCUGUGGAGGGGAAAUAUUGUAUUCCUAAUCGGCCCAGAGAAAUGGAGGAAAUUAAAGAAUCCCAAUCAGAGUCUCCGGGAGAAUAUUCUUUGUUGAAGCCUCCUGUCGAGGAGAAACAUUCUGGUCCUAAGAAAGGAGGAGAAAUGGAGGAAACACAAAUAUCCAAGUCAGAUUUUUCAGCAGAACUAGACUUAGGAAUGACAACAGAAAAAGAGGAAGAAAGUUUUAAUGAAAGUGAAAAUAAACACCUUCAGAUUGAAGAAACGGAGAAGCACCAAAAUGAUGAAGUGGCAGUAUUAGAAAGCAUAUAUUCUUCUUCUGCUGCUGGACUAAUGCAUCCAAAAGGGAGUGGAAAAACUGGUAACAACCUAUGUCCUAUUACAGAAAAUGAAGAAUCUAAUGGUGAUCCUGCUUUGGAUAUAAAAAAAGGAAGGGCCAAGGAUAAAGGAAAACAAACAUCAAAAGAAUCUGUGAUUACAUCAAGGUUUGAGAAAGCCCCUUGUCUAACUUCUUGUCCUCUGCAAAUGAAUAAUGACAGCACUUCAAGUGGAACCGAUCAGGAUGAAGGAAGAUCUUCAAAGAAAACAUCUAGUGACAAGGAAGAGGUCAAAAAACAAAUUGAUUCUAUGGAUGACUUCGGUGUCUUAACUCUGUCAUCUGAAACAAUUUUGGAGGGUUUCCACAUGCCUGACUCUAAUCAUAUGAUUUGCAUGUCGCUAAUUGAACAGCAUGCCAUGGAUUGUAAAGAUUCUGUCAGUUUAUUGAAAAUCCAGCAUGCGGUUCUUUCAUAUGAAAGAUUAAUAGAACUUAUAAAAUAUCACUGUGGACAACUUAAAAGAAAAAAUAAAAAAAUGGAAAAUAUGGCUAAGGGACUACAAAAGGAGCUAUCAGAAACAAAAGAAAUGAUAUCUAAGUUGGAGCUUCAAAAAGUAGAAUGGGAGCAUGAACUCUGCAGUUUGAGAUUAACUUUAAAACAAGAAAAACAAAAAAGAAGAAACGCUGAAAUGUUAUAUGAAAAGAUUCAGGAGCAACUAACAAAAAGAGAAGAGCAGUAUAAGAAAGAAGUUGAAAUAAAACAAGAACUUGAUUUUAAGCUUAGAGCACUAGAUGCAGAAUUGAGGAAUGUAAGAAAUAAUUUCAAUCAGGUUGUGGAAGAACGGUAUUAUACUGAAAAACAACUUUGUCGAGAACAGGAUGCCAGAAUAUUACAAGAUGGAAUUCUAAAGAAUCACCUUUGCAAACAAGAGGAGAUAGAAGUUGCUGUGAGACAACUUCAAGAAGAACUGGCCAAUACCCUAAAAAAACCAUCUAUGUCAGAGGCUUCACUGGAGGUGACAUCACGUUGUCGUAUGAAUUUAGAAGAUGAGGUAAAAGACUUAAAGGAAAAACUGGCUCAGAGUAUGAAUCAGGUUGAUGAUCUUACAGCAAAACUGGAAACUAUGUCUUCAAGAAACCAGGUUCUUAUUCAGGAGUUAUCAUCUAUGAAAGAAAUACAGAUGAAAUGUGAAAAGCUAGAGAAGAAUAAAAAGAAGUUGGAACAACAAGAAGUAAACCUCAGAAGUUGUGUAGAAGGCAACGUGACGCAAGUAGCAUUUCAAGAAAGCGUAGCACAGUUAAGAGAAAAUAAUAAUGCUUCAGUAAGAAGUCAAAUGGAACUCAGAAUUAAAGAGCUGGAAUUUGAAUUAUCCAAAAUGAAAAGUUUUCAAGACGUUACUAAAACAGAAUUGGACAUAUACAAGCAUCUCUACCUAGAAGAAGUAACACAUCGAAUGUCAUUGACAAAUGAACUGAACAAGACUAGUGAGAGGCUGGCAGAGACCAGUACCAAACUUCUGGUGGAGAAACAGCAAAAGCAAACUUUGCUUGACACUAUUAAUAUGAGGCCAGCCCUACAUCUGCCUUAUGGUAGAAAUGUUAAUAAUAGUUCACUAUUCAAUAGAAAUGUUGCUCUAAGAGAAAACGUGGUGGUUCCUACCUCAAACUCAUGGCGUUCAAGUAAUGACAUUGAGACUUUCUUGUUCAAGAGGCAGCAAGAGUUGGAAAAAAAUAUAACUAGAGAACUAGAAGAAGGUGCUGCUGAAUUUGAAUCAGGCUCAUCUGGUGGGACCACCUAUUUAGAAUCUACUUUUGAAAGUCAUAUAAAUUGUGAUGACGUACUGAAAUCACACAGAGAAUACUCAGAGUUUCUGAAGAAAAAGUAUAGCAUCUGAAACAUAAAUAGUAGAAAUUUAUUUACUGGAUGUUUAUACAACAUUUUAAUAGUUUCCUAUUAAAUGGAUGAUAUGCAAAAA